UUUAAAGGAUCUCAUCCAAAGCGAAGAUGUUAAACCCAAGCUGCAGUACAUCAUGACUAACCCUUCCUUUUCUAUGGUAACAUGUCAAAGUGAAGACAGUGGGAUAACCUGGGAAACUAGCUCGAGCAGAUGUUCUACUCCCUGGACCUCAGAAACUAGUACAACUUCUGACCUUUACAGCAUGGAAAGUUCACCAGUAGGUUCUCCUCCAGGAAAAGUCAUCUUUAUUAUGGAUGAAGGUAAGAUAGUUCGGAAAAGGACACGCAAAUCUUCAAGCAAGGUGCCAAUGGCUAUAAACCUGAAGGGAGGCCAGGGCAAUAAGAAACGCGACUCUUCUGGAAUGCAGAGGCAGGAACCAAGAACUGUUCUAGCAGAUGUGCAGUCCUCUGUGCUGAACGUUGAGCCAGUGGAAGCACAAGAGACAGAUGAGGAAAUGUCGGACAACAAAGAAGACCUAGAGGAUGUUGCAGAAGAGCCAGUGAAACGUGCUCCCAUAAGAUCAAUAUUUAGGGAGAGCAGAUUGAGAAAAGUCGGUCCAAUCCUUGGAGGACCUGUGCAAGCUAGAAUCCGGCUGUUCAAUUCAAUUUUUGGCGGGGGUGAGCCACCCCCUGACACACCGGAGAAAAGCAGAAGCCGGAGAAGUAGCUCAGUUUCAGGAGAUUCUGAGCAGUUCCUUGAAACAUCAGUAAGAGAGAGAUUGCAGAAGUUCAGUUCACUCUCAGAAGCAGCACGUCCAAAACCAUUUCUGGGAGCGAGAAGUAAAAUACUUGAAACACCAUCAGAAAGAAGAAGGAAGCAUAGAGAACAACUCGCAGCACAGGCAAAUCAAAGCAUUUCUUCACCAACAUCACCUCUUGGAAAACAGCUUGCCAAGAAAGAUGAUGUUUCAUCUGAAAAUAUUGAACCCAUUAAAAUGAAAGAAUCAACAAUUCAUCACGAAGAAAGAAAAAACAGACACUCACUUUUGGAGACUCCAGAUCAGGUAUCAGGACAUUCACCAAAGUCCUUCCCUCCUGUAGAAGCCAGGAAGCAGCAAAGUCAUUCACCUGAGGGCAAAACAUCAAUAACAGAGCCAGUAAGCUCCAUGUCAUUAGAGACUGACGAGAAACACGCGCUGCUUCCCUCAGCUGAAAACGCAAACAAGAAGCCAGACCAAUCCCUGCUGACAGCAUCAGGUCAUCUGGAUGAACCAAAGAAACAGGAAUUUCAGCCCAGUUCUGCACCAGAGCCUGUUUCAGCAGAUUUUGUUAAUGAAUUAGAUAGGGAAAAUACCCGGGAUGUUUUGCCUACAGCAUCUGUGUCAGAACAUCCUGAGAGGGAAGCACAGAAGUCUUACUUACCUAGUGCUCCAUCAGCUAAAUCCAAAGAUUUAGCUGAAACAGUUAAAUCCAAAGAUUUAACUGAAACAAGACAGGAGGAUGUUAUCCCUCAGUCAUCAGAAACUGCACAAUCUGAGCCUGAACAUGUGCUUUCACCAGAUUCUGAAGAUGGCAUAGAGAAGCAAGAAAGUGAGUAUCACUCAUCAGCUGCACCAUUAGGAUCUGAGACUUCAGGUCUGUCGUAUUCUGCUGAAAGAAAGCAGUGUCAAACACCACCACCCUCGGAAACCCAAAAUGUUCAUUUGGAGAAACAAACAAAGUCCAAACAAGACCUUUCCUCCCCUCUUCAAGAAACAGAUGGGCAAGGAAUUAAACGAAAACCACCAAUUCCUGAAAAUAUAGACUCUAAAUAUUUUGGCAGUUCAUAUCCUAUUCACACAGAAACAGAAGAAACUCAGAAAACCUCAGCUAUAAAUAAGGCAGUAGAUAUUGAUCAUUUUGGUCCUACCAUUGAAAAAGAUAAACAAACAGAAAGUGCUCAAAUGGAGAUGGAGCAUUCAUAUUUCCCACAUACCAGCGAAGACAUUGGGGAAUCGGAGGCAACACAGGUGGAGACAGAGCAUCUGGAUUUCUCUUCUUCCAAGGUAGACACAGAGGAAUCUGAGGAUGCACAAAUGGAGAUGGAGCACCCAGACUUUUCUUUUUCCAGGGAAGAAAUGGAGGAAACAGAAAGUGCACAGCUGGAGACAGAACAUCCAGAUUUCUCAUAUUCCAGGGAAGAAACAGGGGAGUCAGAGAGUGCAACAGUGGAAACAGAAUAUCCAGAACUGCUUUUUUCCACAAAAGAAACAAAGAAAUCAGAGAGUGCACAGAUGGAGAUGCAGCAUCCAGACUAUUCAUUUUCCAGGGAAGAAGUGGAGGAAUUGGAAAGUGCGCAGCUGGAAACAGAGCGCCCAGAUUACUCAUAUUCCAGAGAAGAAGUGGUGGCAUCUGAAAGCACACAGCUGGAGAUGGGUCAUCCAGACUUUUCUUUAUCCAAGGAAAAAGCCAAGGAAUUGGAAAGUGCACAGCAGGAAAUGGAACAUCAGGUGUCUUUAUUUUCCAGGGAAGAGACAGCAAAACAAACGUCUGACCAUGCUGAACUGGAACAGCCAGAGCCGAACUCCCCUGAAGAAGCAGAACAAGAAGAAAAGGAAGAGCUUGCGCCAUUACCUUCAGACUUAUCAUCUUUGAUGCAGGAAGCAGAGAAAGAAAACACUACAGAACCUCAGUUGGAGCAUCCAGAUAGAUUUGAUUCCACCAGAAGAGCUGAGACACAGCAAACUGGUCAUCUGGAAACAACACUUUCAGAUUUACCACAUCCCAUGAGUAAAACAGAGCAGCGAGAAUUGUCACAAGCAGAUGCAGACAAUUCUCAUACUGUACAUUUCAGAGAGAAAGCAGAACAGCCACAGCCUGUACAACCUGGAGGAAAGCUGGAUCCCUAUGCCAAGGAAGUGCAAGGAGCAACUACUCAACUUCAGUCUGAGGAUCCAGUUUGGUCAUAUUCUACUGGAAAAGAACAGCAAGAUAAAACCUCACAGCUGAGGGCAGAACAGCCAGAGACAACAUCUUCUGCUGGCAAGAUGAAACAACAUCAGGUAUUGCAACCAAAGGUGGAACAAGCAGAUUCACCAUUUUCCCAGGGAGAAACAGUACAAGAAGCUGUACAAAGAAACUUAGAAGGACCAGAGCCAUCAGGUUUCAUUAGUGAAACAGAGCAACAUGAAACUGUACAACUAGUUUCAGAAAAUAGGGAUUUUACCACUGGAGAAGUAAUGCUGAAAGGAGCAGAGUCAAGUUCUGUGGAGUCACAUUCAAUGGACAGAGCAAAGCCCUGGGAAAUGACACAAAUGGAGCAGAAGGAGUCUCUUCCCUCCCAUUCCACUGCUGGUACUCAGCAUCAGGAAACACCACCAAUGAAUGUGUCCCAGCCAGAUGUAUCACAUGCCUCCGGCAGAAAGGAACAACGAGAUACAGUACAACGAGAGCUGAAACAGCAGGAAACAGACCAACAAGAAGCUGUGCAAAUGGAAACAGAGUGCUCAGAUUUGUCAGAAAGCUGGGGCAAAGAGGAGCCACAGGUCACAGAACAAAUUAGUUUGGCACAGCAAGAGAAAGCUCAACCAGGGUUAGUGCAUCCCUCUUUGCCACAUUCUUUCGAUGAACAAAUGCAAGAAGAGAUGGAAACAGAGGCAUAUCCAGAACAGACAUUUUAUGGAAGUACAAAAACACAGGAGGAAAUGACACAAGAAAAAUCAGAAGAACCAGUUCUUUCACAUUUUACUGGCAAAACAGAGCAACAAGAAAUGGUACACCCAGAGCUGGAGCGAACAUUUUUUCCACCUUCCAGUGGAAACGAAGCUCCACUGGAAAUGGAAACAAGUUCAGAACGUCCAGAUUUGUCAUAUUCCUCUCAUGAAGCCAAACAAGAAAAUAAGUUGAAAAACCAAACCUCACCAUUUCAUUCAAAGCAACGAGAAACUGAGACAACCGCGAUGGAACAUCCAGAAUUUUUGUUUGACAGUGGUGAAUCAAAACCAGGUGACAUUGUUGAACAGGAGUCAGGACAUCCAGAGCUCUCAUACUUCAUGGGAGAAACACAACAACAAUCAGAACAUUUGGAUUCACCAGGAACCCUGGGUGAAGCAAAACUAGAUGAAAGUAUGGAAGUAGAACCUCAAUACCCAAAUCUGCCAUGUUCUGAUGAACAAAGAAAUCAGCAAGAAACUUCACAGCUGGACUCACAAUACGCAGAGUUACCAUUUUCCUUUGGUAAAGGCAAAGAACAAGCAACUGAAAAGUUUGAGUCUAAACAUCAAGAAUUGCCUAAAGUGGCCAGAAAAAGUGCUUCUCCAGCAACUGCUCAAAAAGAGUCAAAACAUCCAGAAACUUCUUCACAGGAAAUGAAGCAUCCCAAUUUGUCGCAUUCCACUGAUGAGACAAACCAGCAAGAAGCAGAAUCAUUGGAUCAGAAACACAGAAAACUUUCUGUUGGCAGAGAAAAGCAGCAGCAAACCACAAAGCAGCAGUUACAGCAAGAAGAGUCACCAUUUUCUCGAGGUAAAACAGAGCAUUUACAACAUGCCCAGGAGGGCUUGGAACAACCAGAUUUAUCAUUUCCCAUUGACAGGCCAGAUGAUGAAAUGACAACACCAGAGGCAGAGCACACGGAUGUGAUAUCUCCUCUGAACAAAGCAGAGGUGCAGCAAAGAGGACAAGAAAUAAAGCAAACUUACCCCUUUGGAGAAGCAGAACAGAAAACAGUUCAGCCAGAAGUAAAUAUUUCACAUUUGUCCCCACCUGUGAGUGCAGCAGAAGAAGCAGAAAUGGCAGAACCAGGGCAGGGACAUCCUGACUUGCCUUACUCUGUUUUCAAAGUAGGACAACUGAAACCUGAACACCCUGGUCUAGUAUCUUCCCUCAACAAAGUGCAGGAAAUGAUCCAGAUGGGGUUGGAAGAGUCAAGUGAGUGGUAUGGUCAUGACAAAAUGCAAGAAUUCCCACCUGCACAGUUGGAGCCAAGUCAGGCAGACUUGUCAUCUGCUGUUGCUGAAGAGGGGCAACGAGGAAUGGAGCACAAAGCCAUGGGACACCCUAGUGAGGGACAGUCUGACAGCAGAGCAGAGCAUCCACAAGCUGCUAAAGAGAAACAAGAAGCUCCUGAUGCAUUGUCUCAUCAUGGAAAAGUGGAGCAAAGAGAAAUGGCAAAACCAGAGCCAAAGCAUCAUGAUUUAUCAUAUUCCAUUAAUAAACAAAAACCACAAGAAACUACACAACUAGUGGUAGGAAAGCCAGGUCUAUCAUCCUGGCCUGGCAAAACAGAGCAAGAACAAACUGCUCAAGAGGAGAAGCCACACUUGCCUUCUUUCCAAAAAGCUGCACAAGGUGAGAAAGCACGGACAGAACUGGGACAUUCAGAGUUAUCUCGUUCUGUCAGUGAGGCAGAACACGAAACUUUAAAUGCAAAAUCAAGCCGUUCAGAUUUGUCUGCUGGCAGAUUAGAACACCAUGAAAUCAUACAGCCAGAGGCAGAAAUAAUGGAUUUAUCAUGUUCUGUUGGUGAAACACAGCAAGCUCAAAUUGCUGAAGGGGAUUUGGAGUAUCCAGAUUUAUUGCAUUCCACUGGCACAGUACAGCAACAAGAAAAGACUCAACCGAAGCAGGAACAGAGAGAUGAUUUUUCAUCAUCUCUCAGCAAAGAAGAGCAAUGGGAAGGUGCAGGAAGGCAGGCAGAACACUCUGAACUGCAGUGCUCUGUGGAGAAAACAGAAGGACUGCAAAAUUCCCAAGCAAAAUCAGAAUAUGCAGAUUUGUCCUUCUCUGUUGGCACAGCAGAGCCUCAUAAAACAUCGCAGCCAGAGAUGAAAGAACAGAGUUUGUUGCAUUCUUUUGUCGAAACAAGGCCACCAUGGGCUGCCCCACAGGAGUCUGAACAUUCAGAUGUCUUGGAUGCCAUGGGCAGAGUACAGCACAUGGAUUUGUCCUCUUCUGUUAGUGAAGAAAAACAAAGUGCACAACUGGAGGUAGGACAGGAGAGGGGAAGCUACGCCUUACACCCAGAGGAAACAGUACAACUAAGAUUGGAACAACUAACGUUUUCAAGUCCUCAUGGCACAGAAGAGCAACCAAAUGCUUCCCCACUGGUAGGGAAAUUCCCAGACUCCUUGUAUUCCUCUGGCAAAACAGAAGAGCAGGACACUGCACAGCCAAAGUUGAUGCCUUCUGAUAUUUCAUAUCCCACAGGAAAAUCAGAGCAGUUGCAACCAGAACUACUGGAAUCAAAACAUCCAGAUGUAUCAUACUCUCUUGGCAAAGUAGAAACUCAUGGAAUGAAGACACCAGAUUCAUCAUACUCCUAUGGCAAGGCAGAACAUCCACAGACUGCCCAACUGGAGCAUCCAGAGACACCAUAUUUCAUAGGAGAAACAAAGUGGAGGGAUGGGGCACAACCUGAACCACUGUGUGCUGAUGUACAGCACUCUGAUGUUAAAACAGAGCACCCAGGAUCACCUUCCAUACCAUACACCUUUGUCAGGACUGAGGAGCAGGGAACUGUACAACCAGACUUCAAACAAUCAGAUUUAUUAAGUCAUACUGACAGAGCAGAAAAGCAUGAAGUGGCCCCGGGGAGAGCAGGACAUUCGGAGAAGGGAGACACUGGGGCUCCUUCGGCUCUAACUGCUCAGCUGGAAACUGAACAACAAGAUUUAUCAUUUUCCACUGAGAAAGCAGAGAGGCAAAAAAUUCAGCCAUAUUCAACUUUCCUUGAACAAACAGUGUCUGUGCCUUUGGAUGCUUCACAUGCUGUCUCUCAAACACACCCAGAGGGAACUCCAAAGUCUUCACCUGUAACUGGAGGUCUGUCCCCCACACAUUUAGAUUUAUCUUACUCCCACAGUAGAACAGAGCAUUCAGAAACUGCCCAGCCUGAGUCAGGGUCCUUCUUUGCAAGAAAAGAAGAAGAGAAUGCAAAACAUUUUCUACAUUUGCCUGUGGGUGCAAAGUCAGAGGCUGAGCAUGAAAUUUUACCUGAAGCAGAGAGAGAACAGACUCCACAUUACUUCCACACAGCUACACACUUAGAAUCCGAACAAUUAGGUUUAUCGUAUUCCACAGACACAGUAGAAACUCUAGAAAGUCAAGAUUAUUUAACUGUACCUUCAAAAAUGGAGUCUGAGCCUUCAGUUCCUUUUUAUUCUGCUGAUGAAACAUAUCAGCAAGAAAUUCCACCUUAUUCAAAACCAGCCUCUGAAUAUUUGGUUCCCACACGGCCCCUUGCUGAACAAGAAAAGCAAAGCAUGCAGCCACUUAUCUCCCAGUCCAUAGAGUCAGAGUGUAAACAUGUUAUUCCACUACAUGAUGGAAAGCAACUGCAAAAAGCUCAGCUCAGUUCACCUGAAAUAGCAAGCUUGAAGACAGUGCACACACAAGACCAGAGCAAGCCAGAAUCUCACUUGUUGGACACAAAAUAUUUGUCACCAGAGCGGCUAAGGAGUCUCCCCAAAUUCACUAAUGAGCAAGAAAUGCAACCUAGUAUGCAGACAGUGCCAAGGUCUGUGACCACAGAGUCGAAAGUGGCCACUGUAGCAGAGCAGCAGGCAGUGUCAUCAGAGUCAUUCGUACCUUUUCAUACACUACCUGCAAAGUCAGAACCUAAAAAGUCUGUAUCAGUGUCUUACACUGGUUAUGAAGAGAAACAAAGUAUUCCAUCCUCUUUAUCUGGUGUAGCAGGCAUGCCUGGAAAGCAAUCUAAGAUAGCUUCAGGCGUCUUUACGGAAGGAGAGUUUAGACAUGAAAUGCAAUGUUUGGAAGACCAAAAGCACACAACCUUGGAGCAUCUGGGAGCUGUUUCAUCAGAUCUUGUUCGUGAAACUGUGACACACAAAACUCAGCAUUAUUCUGGUGAACAGGGCAGCCUUCCUUCAGCAGACAUUAAGCACAUUAGCUCUAGUGCUGAUGAAAAGCAGGAUCCAGAUAUUUCCUCUUUUGGGCUAGCUAGCUGGCUGGUAGAAGAGGUGAAAACUCACUCAAUUAGUCCAAUCAGGGCUGCAGAUGUAGACAGGCAGGGAACUCAGCUUUCUCCAAUUGAAGCUUCUGAUUUUGGGUCAAAACAAUUCCCAGCUGGAAGCUGCACAGAACUUACAGUUCAUGGGGCUACAGAGAGUAAAGGACAUACAUUUAGCAUUUCUGAAUCAGUGUCAAGUGAAUUUUCCCACAGGAAAUCAUCAGACACUAGUCCCAGAACACAAAGUUAUGAUCUGCCAUCUCUGGUAGGAGAUAAUCAAGGUCCAGACAAAGUUCUGGUGCAUGAAAUUAGUACUAUAAAGCCUACAAAAAUGGAAGAAAUGCAACAUCUGGAGGUAAUCAAAGCAUCUGAAGUGCCUGAACCUUACCUAAGAGGAGAAGAGGAAGAAAUGGAACAUGCAAGUGCUGUAGAAGAUAGUCAUCAUGGUCUGGAGACCACCGAAGAAAAAGACCUAUUUAAUAUCAUUUCAGAAGGUUAUGAAAUACUCAAUAUUCAUGCUCCUGCCCAUAUUUCUUCUGUUGACCAAGAAGAAAGUAAGCACAUGCCAGAUAAACUAGAAUACUUGGAAACAAGUCCUUCGUUUAAGAGCAGAUUAGCUGGUGAGGGCCAUAGAGCCUUAGCUUCUGGAAGAACCACAGAAGUUUCAGAAAGCUCAGUGUUGGGAAAGACUGCAAGCCAUGAACUAACAGAAUUGAUCAGAAAAGAUGAUGUUGAAGAAACCGGAGAAACACAACAAGAAAAUCCCCUGUUGCCAGAAAAUCAUAAUUAUGCAGUGCUGGAUCCUAAUAAUGGUACGGCUGAUAUGGAUUAUUUUGAAAAAUAUACUUUGAUUGAUGACAAAUCCCCAAUUAAGCCACAUUAUGAAAGACCAAGUUCACUGUGUCCUGUGGCAGAAGAUCCCAAUGAACCUGUGGAAGAAGCCAAAUCUUUUAAAGAAGGCCCUGAGGUAGAGACUUUGGAAGAGUUUUCCUUACUUGAGGAUCUGGAUGAAGUCUUUUAUGGCACUGUGAAAGGAGAAAGCAAACCUCAGUCCUAUGAAGAUACUCAAAAACCUUUAUCUCUGCAGAAAUCUGUUGAUUCCAGCAGUAAAAGCAUUACAAAUGUGGAAGAUGAAUGGAAGUCACCAGGGACCCCACUCUUUGAUUCAGAAGAAGGAGUGCUAGAACGAUCUCUCUUGUUCCCUACCACUGUUGCUGCAGUUAAUCCAGAGCUCCUGGAGGAACCACCUGCUCUGUCAUUUUUAUACAAGGACCUCUAUGCAGAAGCAGUAGGAGAAAGGACAAAGGAUGAGACACCCUCUGAUGAGGAAAGUGGUAAUUCUAAUGCAUCUUUCCCCAGCAGAAAUUCCGACACAGAUGAUGGAACCGGAAUAUAUUUUGAAAAAUAUAUCCUUAAAGAUGAAAUUCCAAGUAAGGCCAUAGGGCCUCAAAAAGAACAGAUUCCAGAGGAUGAGUCCUUUAGUGGAGGAAUUUCAUUUCAGAGCUCAGAGUACAAAGAGGAGCAGGGGGCUGGUGAUGUUCCAAGUGUCAGAACUGAGGUUCUGCCAGAAAGGGGUGUUGUGGAGAAAGGCAGAAUCCAUGUUGACAGUGAUGUUCAAGCGACAAUUUGUAAACCAACACAUGCCAUCCCUUUUGGAAGGAUAACAGUUCUUUCAGGUGCAAGCACUGAUACAACUGAACAAAGAGAAGAAGAAAAUGUGCCUGUAGAAACAACUGAGGAGUUGCCAGAGCAGGCAAGUCAAGAAGCAUAUAGUCCACCGGUAUGUUAUCAGGGAGCUGCAUAUCAAGAAACUGGUAAUAAGCAGGACGAACAGCAUGACAUAGCAGCAGUUCCUCAAAUGGAAAAAUAUGUCCCAUAUGUCAGGGCUUUUGUUGAAGACAGUGUAGAUGACCAAUAUACUGAGGAACAUCUUCCCUAUGUCCGUGCUAUUCAGCAAACAGAGACUCCAGACUUGCAAAGAGAGGAGCAGCACCCUGAUAUUUAUGAAGAUCUUGCUGAGUCAAUGGAGUAUGAUGUGAUUACACAAGAAGAACUUCUGCAAGAUGAAAUAUCAUCUCAGUUUACACACGAGGAGCUAUUGUUUGAAGACAGGGACUCUUUUGAGCAAGCUAUUGAUAGUUAUGAAUUUGUUAAUGAGCCAGAGCAAAGAACACCGGUUGAGCUUGAAGAUUCAGGCUUUGUGGUGAUGUAUCCUGAAAAAUCAGCAACAAACAUUCCUCAAGUUGAGACCCCACAAAGAGAAUCUAAGAAAGCACAAGUAGACACAUAUUGUUACCACUGCAAAUGCCCAAUAUCUGCUAUUGACAAGCUUUUUGGAGAACAUAAAGACCACGAAGUCACAACACUAGAUGAUGCUGCAGCAAAGAUGAAGGAUCAGCUAAGUGAAUUGCUAAUAGCACUAGAAGAAAAGUCAAUGAAGAUCGAAGCGUUUGUGAGUGAUAUUGAAUUGCGAUUUAACUCAGUUGAGGAAAACUGUAAGAAAAAUGCAGACCUACUGGAAAAGCAGAACGAAGAGAUGCUUAAGAAAGUGGUAGCACAAUAUGAUGAGAAAUCAGAGAACUUUGAGGAAGUGAAGAAGAUGAAAAUGGAGUACCUGUAUGAGCAGAUGGUUAAUUUCCAGCAAACUGUUGAUUCAGCAAAGGAAACUUUGGAGACAACAGUAAGAGAAGCAGAAGAAGUCGAUGGAUUUGUAUUCCUAAAUUCAUCCAAAGAACUGAAUAAAAGGUUACUUUCUGCAAUGGAUACCACCCUCUCCUUAGAGAAGGUGCCCAGUGCUUUUUCACUGUUUGAGCACUAUGCAGACAGCCCAGAACAAAGCAACCAGCAAUCCUUACAACAUGUGGCUGUCCCACAGACGCCAACUGUCAUACCUCAGGAGCCAAACUCGGCCACCAGCACCUCCAUCGCUGUCUACUGGGCUGUGAAUGAUGGGGAUGCCAUCGACUGCUUCCAGGUCUACUGUAUGGAAGAGCUGCAAGCCAGCAAAGAUGCAGGGGCCUUAGUGGAAGAGUACAGAGUGACAGUGAAGGAGAGCCACUGCAUUCUGGAGGACCUGGAGCCAGAUCGCUGCUACAGUGUGUGGGUCAUGGCUAUGAACAGCACAGGCUGUAGCUUGCCCAGUGAAAAAGUCAUUUUUAAAACAGCACCUGCUGUGCCCACCAUCAAGGCUGAGGACUGCACAGUGUGUUGGGACACAGCCACCAUCCGCUGGCGUGCCGGCUCGGUGUCAGCAGAGUCCUUCAUCCUGGAGUACUGCCGACAGCACUCGCCAGAAGGAGAAGGUCUCAGAUCUUUUGCUGGUAUAAAGAAACCUGAACUGAAAGUAUCCCUGGAGCCCAAUGUGAACUAUUUCUUCUACCUGAGGGCUGUCAACCCAUUUGGGACAAGUGAACAAAGUGAAGCAGCUCUCAUCUCAACUAAAGGAACUCGAUUUCGCCUGCUGAGCGACACAGCCCAUCCUGCUUUGCAAAUCUCCUCCAAUGCAACAGUGAUCCACCUUCCUGAGAGAAACAAACUCAGUGGGUUUCCUUCAGUCCUGGGUGAACUGCUGCCUGCUCAGGGAUGUUAUUACUGGGAAAUCAUUGUCUCUGCCUGCAGAAGCUACAGGAUUGGGAUUUGCUACGAGUCAAUACCACAGAGCAGUGUCCUGGGGCUGAGUGACACCUCCUGGUGCAUGCGGUGCUGUCCUACACAAACCAGCUUUCUUUAUAGAUUUCUUCACACCGGUGUGAUGAGUGACAUCCAUGUGACAGAACACCUGGCCAGGAUCGGCAUCCUGUUGGAUUACAGUGGUGGCAGACUGUUGUUCUUCAAUGCAGAGAGAGGACUGGUGCUGUUUGCCAUCAGGCACAAAUUCACUGAUGCUGCUCACCCAGCUUUUGCCCUGGAGAAGGCAGGAGUGCUUACCCUGUGCACGGGAAUGGAGCUGCCAGAGUUCGUGAAGCACAGCUAAUUUCCUUCUUCACCCUUUCCAGAAAACUGACAAU